AGAACCAGAGCCUGAACCCGAGCCAGAGCCCGAGCCAGAGCCAGAGCCAGAACCCGAGCCAGAACCCGAACCCGAGCCAGAACAGGAUGAUGAACCCGAGCCAGAACAAGAAGCUGCAACUUUCCAGGCUGAGGGCUCCGGCGAGGAAUGGCAAGACGAUGCUGUCAAAAACUACUUGAAAGCAUUCAAAACUGUGAAACAAGAAGAAGUCGUUGUAGAAGAAGGAGUGAUUGAAGGCGAUGAUGAAUUUGAUGGCGAGUACUUAAAAGCUCAGGAAGAAAACCUGGAUGAACAAGAAGAUCUGCUCGAGAAGGCGAAAAAACUGAUGAGACAAGAAGAAGCUGAGGAGGAAUCAGAAGAUGAACUAGCCAAGAAACGUCAAGAAGAGGAGGAAUCUGAUAAUGAUGUAGAAGAGGCCAAAAAACGCCAAGAAGAGGAGGAAGAAGAGUCUGAUGAUGACGUAGAAGAAGCCAAAAAACGCCAAGAAGAGGCAGAAGAAGAGUCUGAUGACGAUGUAGAAGAAGCCAAAAAACGCCAAGAAGAGGCAGAAGAAGAGUCUGAUGAUGACGUAGAAGAAGUUAAAAAACGCCAAGAAGAAGAAGAAGAAGUUGAUGACGAUGUAGAAGAAGUCAAAAAACGCCAAGAAGAAGAAGAAGAGGAAGCUGAUAAUGAUGUAGAAGAGGCCAAAAAACGCCAAGAAGAGGACGAAGAAGAGUCUGAUGAUGACGUAGAAGAAGCCAAAAAACGCCAAGAAGAUGAAGAGGAAUCCGAUGAUGAUGUAGAAGAAGCCAAAAAACGCCAAGAAGAGGAAGCAGAAUCUGAUGAUGAGGCAGAAGAAAUCAAGAAGCGACAAGAAGAGGUAGAAAUUGAGGAUGAUGUAGAAGAAGCUAAGAAACGUCAAGAAGAAGAGGAAGAAGAAGUAUCUGACGAUGAAGUUGAAGAGGCCAAAAAGCGUCAGGAAGAAUUAGAAAUCGAUGAAGAUUUAGAUGAGGCUAAGAAACGCCAAGAAGAAGUUGAAGACGAAGCCGAGGAUGACGUAGAAGAGGCCAAGAAACGCCAGGAAGAGCUUGAAGACGAUGAACAAUCUGAAGAUGAAGUGAGACGUGUGAAACGUCAAGCGGAAUUAGACGACGCUGAAGAUGUAGAAGAAGUUCAGGAACGCCAAGAAGAAGAUGAUGACGUUAACGAGGAGGCUGAAGAAGUAGAUGAAGAAGAAUCAAAGAGGAGUCAAGAAGAAGAAGAAAAUGAUACCGAAAACGAACAGGAACCUGAAGACGUAGAUGAUGAUGAGGAAUCCAAGAGAAGUCAGGAAGAAGAUGUGGAUGAUGAAGCUGACAAUGACAAUGCCGAAAAUGAUGAUAGUGAUGACACAGAAAAUGACGCAGAUGUAGACUCAGAAGCCGAUUUCAAGCGCAGAGUUAAGAAGUUCUUCAAACACGUGUUCAGAAUUUUAAACUAA